GUCCAUUUUGUGUUUAUGCAUUGAUGUGCUAGGUGCGCUAGGCCAGACAAUGAGGAAUCUCUGCUGGCUACUGGCUGUUCCCAUGGCAAUCUUGCCUUUGGGCUGUGCCAUUGUGGGUGCGGGUCGCGAUCUCCUGUUGACACCGAGGCAAGGACAUCAGCUGAGUGGCAAGCGAAUCUUCUACGAGGAGCCGGCGGAGGAAAGGUUCCUCAACCAGAGGCGUAGCCAAUCGGAGCGUCCUUGGGAGCGAACCCUUAAGCAUGUCACAUACGUGACCCUCUUCACCGAUGCGGCCAUGGGCGCAGCAGCUGGAAAUCUAAGCCAGCUGCAUGAGUAUCACGACUUCCUGCAGACUCCAUACGUGCCGGCUGAUGAGCAGAGAGGAGGAGCUGCGACUGGAGGAGCACCAUCCGCGCGCUUCGGCGAUAUUAUGACCCUGGCCAAGGGCUACUUGGAGCAGCUACCAGGACCGGGCAACGCAUCCUCCUAUCGCUUCGUGGAGGGCGGCACGUGUUACCAACUCAAUUGCCCCAACUCGAAUCCCAAACAGCGACAAGCCUUGUGGCAGGUUCAGCGCAUCCGUCAUCGGGACGGGGACAAGGGUCAUCACUACCACUACGAGAUGAAGUUCAGUGUGACACCGCUCGACAACAAGGCCUGGCAGCCGCAUCACCAACAGAUGAGCUACAUCCAAAAGGAGUCCGACUAUCCAGCCAGUUUCGGGCGUUUGGCGGCACACGAUCACGGCUUCGCCCAGCGCCGCCAGGAUAGGGAGAGAUAUGGCGCUGCAACCGGUGGAAACGCGGAGCAAUCGCAAGCGACAUUUGUCCAUGGCAUUUUUCAGCCAGCUCCGCCGCCAAAACUCAACAUCGGUGAGUAUUUAAAGGGCGCUGUGGCGCAAGGCGGUCCAAAAAUAGAGUUAUAUACUGGUGGUCUGCUCAAUCUGGGACUGCGGCCCAAUUAUGUGGUCCCGACUACAUUUCGACCAAGCUAUCCGACUGCGCUGAAAUUUGGAAAUCAUCCGGAAUUGGAAAGAUUCCCAUCACACAGCGGUGAUUUGGGUAAUGCUGGUAAUGUUGGUCCAGCGGUCCCUGGGGAUUUGGCAGGCAUUUCGGGCGCUGUAACCCAUCAUUUCCAUCACCAUUUCUAUGUGGCACCUGGUGCCGGCGAUGCCCAAUUGCAUCCGGAAUUGGGCUACCGCUUGCCCAACUCCUCGCCACCGCAACCGAUCACACCGGCUGGCAAUCCGUCCUCAAACUUAUAUACCCAUCAUCAGACAGUGCAGUUUCCCAGCUCCAAUUCGGGUUCUUCCGAAUCUCUGGAGGAACAAGAUCAGGAUUUACUGCUGCGGACACCACAAAUUUAUGGGCAGGCUUCCAAGUAUCAAACAGCCAAGCUGCCACCUUUGCUUAUCUAUGCGGGCGGCAAUUCCGGCGAUGAUGACAAGUCCUUUGUGCAAAGCGAACCGCUGGAGGAGACCGUCUAUCGCUAUUCCGAGCCGGAUCCUUUAUAUGUCCACCAGAACCCCAUCGAUGUGCUGCAGGAUAAGCAGCCGCCGGAGGAGGAAACCGAUAAGGGACAGCAUCAGGAGCAGGCAAGUGACCAAAAGCGAGGGGAACAGCGCCCAGUGGUCAGUUUGGAGCAGCCCGAACUGAGCACAACUGUUUCAGCGCCAUCUUCCAACGCUGGCACAACCACUGAGACUGCAAGCACUGAGAGAUCCACACACGUCAUCCCCACCACGAUCGCCAGUUUUGUGUCCACCUCCACGCACUUUAGUCCAUUGCGCUCCAUUAGUAGGUAUCGCACCACGCCAAAGAUAACAGCUGGACGAUCCACCACAACCACUACAUCCACCAGCACGGAACCACCGCUGAAUAAGUGGGCCAAGCGGCGAAAGGAGCAGGACAGCAAGGCCAAGAGCAGUCACCGCCACGAAGCCUUCGUUAGCACCACUUCGUCAACCAGCACGACAACUUCAACCACAGCAACUCCGCCGUCCACAAUCGCUGCAUCCACUGGCGUUCCAUUGGCGUCGCCACUGCCACCGGCACCAUCCAAGGAAGUGGUGGAGGUGCUCACCCAGAAAUCGGUUAGUCGAUCUGUGAGCAUCAAGGUGGGCGAGAACGGCGAGGAGAUACCCAUCAUUGUGGACGACGAGGAGAACGAGGUGAAGCCAGUGCUGACUAAUUAGCUGCCUACCCAUCUAUCUUAAAUCCUAAUUAUCCUAUCCUAUAUUUAAGCCUAGCCGUAAGCACACUUAAUCCCACAAUAAAUUCAAGUAAUCCGUAC